CUCAUUUCCAACGAGAAUUAACCUAUGCCCAUCCCGAUUACAACGACUCUUGUUUUGGGGGACUUUUUGUCAAAAAUAGUGUUGUUUGGAUGGCGACAUGAAUCCACAAUGAUGAGCUACAUCCACAAAGCCGUCUCCGAUUAUCCCCGCUACUCUCUGCUCACCUCACUUCGCCCCCUUCUCCUCCCCAGCUCCUUCAAAACCUCACUCUUCUAUAAUCCUCCCACCCGCCCUCUCUGUCCCAAACCCCUUCGAUCAAUCCGCUCUUUUUCUGGAAAGCCCAACUCUUUCAAAUUAACUACCACCAUGGCCGCCCACUCUCCAUCUCCUCUCCAUCACGUCUCCCUCAGUGCCAUCAGAAACGAGGACCGUGGCGGAGCUGCUUUUGAUGAUCCUUCCGCUCCAUACGAUGAUCAUGAAGCAUCAGGCGCUGGGUAUCGGCUUCCUCCACCAGAGAUUCGAGAUAUUGUAGAUGCUCCACCUGUUCCAGUACUAUCAUUCUCUCCUCAAAGGGAUAAAAUAUUAUUCCUUAAAAGAAGAUCAUUACCACCCUUGUCGGAUUUAGCAAGGCCAGAGGAGAAACUUGCUGGUAUCCGUAUUGAUGGAAAAUGCAACUGCCGGAGUCGUAUGUCAUUUUACACUGGCAUAGGGAUCCACCGGUUAAUGGAGGAUGGUACCCUUGGACCCGAAAAAGAGAUUCACGGUCUUCCAGAAGGGGCUAAAAUCAAUUUUCUUACAUGGUCAAAUAAUGGUCGUUAUUUAGCCUUCAGCGUUCGAGUUGAUGAGGAGGCGAACAACAGUAGUAAGUUGAAGGUUUGGGUUGCUGAUGUUGAAACAGGAUCUGCUAGACCACUCUUCCAGUCUCCAAAUGUGUACCUAAAUGCUGUUUUUGACAAUUUUGUUUGGGUGAAUGAUGCAACUCUGCUGGUUUGUACUAUCCCAUUGUGUCGUGGGGAUCCACCAAUGAAGCCUUUGGUUCCAUUUGGACCUAAGGUUCAAUCUAAUGAGCAGCAGAGUAUUAUUCAAGCUAGAACUUAUCAGGAUCUUCUCAAAGAUGAAUAUGAUGAGGAUCUUUUUGAGUACUAUGCCACCUCACAGCUGGUUUUGGCUUCCUUAGAUGGGACGGUGAAGCCUGUUGGGCCACCAGCCAUAUAUACAUCAAUGGACCCCUCUCCAGAUGAGAGAUUGGUUCUCAUCACUUCAAUUCAUAGGCCAUUUUCUUUUAUUGUACCAUGUGGAAGAUUUCCUAAAAAGGUUGAUAUAUGGACAACUGAUGGGGCAUUUGUUAGAGAGCUUUGUGAUUUGCCCCUUGCCGAAGACAUUCCUAUUGCAAUCAAUAGCGUGCGAAAGGGGAUGCGCUCAAUUAACUGGAGAGCUGAUAAGCCUUCAACACUCUACUGGGUCGAGACACAAGAUGGUGGUGAUGCUAAGGUGGAAGCCUCUCCACGUGAUAUAAUCUACUCGCAGACUGCUGAGCCACGUGAAAAUGAACAGCCAACAAUCUUGCAUAAACUUGAUCUUCGUUAUGGAGGGGUUUCGUGGUGUGAUGAUUCACUUGCAUUGGUCUAUGAGUCAUGGUACAAGACAAGGAGGGUUAGAACUUGGGUUUUAUCUCCCGGAUCCAAGGAUGUAAAGCCACUAAUACUGUUUGAUCGGUCAUCAGAAGAUGUCUAUUCUGAUCCCGGUUCUCCCAUGAUGAGGAGAACACCUGCUGGGACUUAUGUGAUUGCAAAGAUGAAGAAGGAAGACGAGGAAGGAACUUAUGUUUUAUUAAAUGGAAAGGGUGCUACACCAGAAGGAAACAUCCCAUUUUUGGAUCUAUUUGACAUAAAUACAGGUAAUAAGGAAAGGAUAUGGGAGAGUGACAAGGAAAAACACUAUGAGAGUGUAGUUGCUUUGAUGUCUGAUCAGGCUGAAGGGGAGAUGUCUGUUAAUCAAUUGAAAAUUCUAACUUCCAAAGAAUCCAAAACUGAGAACACUCAAUAUUACAUUCUGAGCUGGCCUGAGAAAAAAGCACGCCAGAUCACAGAUUUCCCCCAUCCAUAUCCCCAGUUGGCAUCACUGCAAAAGGAGAUGAUCAGGUACCAAAGGAAGGAUGGAGUUCAACUCACUGCAACCCUUUAUCUUCCACCUGGUUAUGAUCCAUCAAGGGAUGGACCUCUUCCAUGUCUUGUCUGGUCGUACCCUGGAGAAUUUAAAAGCAAAGAUGCUGCAAGUCAAGUUCGUGGUUCUCCUAACGAAUUUGCUGGCAUUGGGUCAACUUCUGCAUUGCUUUGGUUAUCAAGGAGGUUUGCCAUCUUAUCUGGACCAACCAUACCAAUCAUAGGGGAGGGUAAUGAAGAGGCAAAUGAUAGUUACGUUGAACAACUUGUUGCGAGUGCAGAAGCUGCAGUAGAAGAAGUUGUUCGCCGUGGAGUGGCUGAUCCAAACAAAAUUGCUGUUGGUGGUCAUUCUUAUGGGGCAUUUAUGACGGCAAACCUCCUUGCCCAUGCACCACAUCUAUUCUGUUGUGGAAUUGCACGUUCUGGAGCUUAUAAUAGAACACUAACACCUUUUGGAUUUCAGAAUGAGGACAGAACACUGUGGGAGGCAACUAGUACAUAUGUUGAGAUGAGUCCAUUCAUGUCAGCUAAUAAAAUUAAGAAGCCUAUCCUGCUUAUCCAUGGAGAGGAGGACAACAAUUCAGGAACCUUGACAAUGCAGUCAGACCGUUUCUUCAAUGCCUUAAAAGGUCACGGGGCUCUUUGUCGGCUUGUAAUUCUACCAUUUGAGAGCCAUGGUUAUGCUGCAAGGGAGAGUAUAAUGCAUGUUCUGUGGGAGACUGAUAGGUGGCUGCAAAAACAUUGUGUAGCAAAUAAUUCAAAAGUUGAUGCAGACAUCAAUGCAACUGAGAACGACACAACCAAAGCAAUACUAGAUCCACAAAGCAAAGCUGUAAGUAGUGGAGGUAGAGGCAUAUCAGAACUGGCAACCUACAGCGACGACAGUUUUCAUUCAUUACGAAGGUCAUCUAUGUGACUUCACAAUUGAGCUGGAGCUUGGAGGGUUGCACUUAUGAGGAAGCGUAGAUGCCAGCCAAGACUUAUGGAAGUGUGGAUUAAUGCUCCGUGCAGCAGCCUGCUUGAGACAAUCCCUUAGCAUGGAAUUCUUUAGCAACACAAUUGCUUAUAGGGAGGUAAUGUAUUAUUAGUGUAACAGGUCUUAAUUAAUCAUAAAUGUCUUCUUCAGAGUGGUGCAUUGCACUCCAUUAAAGAGGUCAAGAGCACUGCGUAAAUAUUACAACAACAAAUAAGGUUUCAGGAUUGUUUACACUACUAUUUGUGAAUGCUUGGAUAUUAUUAUCCCAACUUACUUUUAUCACACUGGCCAUAUACACAAGUAUGCCAAGUGAGUUUCCUAAUUUAGUACUCCCUUUGUUUUUUUAUUAUAUUCGUUGUU